AUAGCGGCGACACGCCGACAGGAUGUCUUACAGUGAUGGCUAAAUACUUCGAAAAGAUGGCAGAGUAUGGCAGGAUGGGUUGAUAGUUGCUGUGACUGUGAAGAGGUAGCAACAGCCUUCUCCUCUAAUUACAAGGGAACUUAUGUCUUCUUGAUACACUUGGAUGUCAACCUAUUUUCUUCUAAACUUAAACAUAACGAGACUAAAAAGAGAAAGUUGAAAGAAAUUGAGAAGAAAGUAUCAGCAUUAAGAAAUACCUCAGGCGGUGAGAUCCUCGUUCAUCUGCAAGGUCAAGACCAAGAAGAUAGGUAUCUUGGGCACUUUGACAACUUUACUGACGCUUGCCUGAAGAAUCUAAUCCCUGAUGGACAACUGUUCACGGAUGUUUACAGACGUCAGUGGUUGUGGGAUGUUUUUCCUCGUUUUGAGAGUACCCCUGCUCUUCUCCUCACUGUAAACAAAGCACGGUCUGUAUGUACAGUGCAUUUUUACACGAAGGUCGCAUCGGAUUGUAUGAUUGAAAAUGUGUCGACCGUUGGUUUCGUCUCUCUCUUGUCCAGAAAGGAGAUCACAACAGCGACAGAACCAACGCUAAGAGGAAUCCACAACUUUGAGAAACGACUCCAUGAAAACAGACACAUUGAACUUAAAAGUGUUUUCACGAAGAAAGAUCGAACAUUUCAUAACAUUUCCUCGUUUGUUGAUUACAUUUGGACUGAUCUGAGAUUCAGGGAAAAUUUAUGUUCCAUGUCAAAACUUGAAGGUGGGGGUUCUUUCUUCGUGGGAAUUAACGAAAGAAUUGGAAGGGGAACUUACGACUCAAGGGAAAUAAAUCCAAACGGUUUUCCUUGCAACUGGAACGUUGACGAGUUAAAGACGUCUUUGGAUGAUAAACUAGAGUGUGACGCAUCCUAUCAACAACCAGACGGUGCUCUCACGUCUGUCCCCACCAGUCUCAUUGAGGUUACACUGUAUAACUCUCCUUUACAAAUCCAGACUAGUCCUCACAAUUUCAAGAUUUUAGAAAUUGCAGUCGGGUAUGCUGAGGGCAUUGUAUUCUAUAAUAAAAAAGGCCCUGAAACCUACACCAUUGACGAGAAGGGAAACAUAUAUAGAAUGGAACAUUGUGAAUGGUUGGAGAGAAUACAGUCGUUCAGUAUAGUUGAUAACAAGCACUAACAUUUUGAACACCAUGUCUGUCUACGACAGUGAUGAAUCUUCAUUUUCGCAUCCUUCAUCUUUCUCUGACCAAAGGUUUAAGGUCAUAGAGGGCACUGCAUUGCAUUCUUCUCGUGUUUCAGGGGGUUCUGAAAACAAUGGCAAAGCAUGUAAGACAAUCGCACGUCAGUCCCUUGGAGAUACUGGAAAGCCAAUGGAGGGGUAUCUAUCUACAGUAUUCAGUUGCAGCUUGUUUCAGAAGGACAUUUAUGCCGGUAAAGUCGUCAUCUUCCCUAAAUGUAUGCACAGGAUGUUGGCAAGUGAGUACCCAGAGAUUCUGUCGGUACUUGAAGAAACAUACGGACGGGGAGCAGUUAUCUACGUUGGAGGGUCUUUUCAGUGUAUAUUUCCAAGACAUCCUCAACGAUUUCGCAAAGUUCAGACGAAGUUGAUAUGUGACAUGUGCAUUUUUGCAAACAAUAAACCAGCUAUCCUACUCACUGUUGCAAAGGACAAAAAACAGGGGGAUCAUUUAACUGGUUACAAUUUGCAGAUGAAAAGAAACUUGGACGAAUGGAUAAAGAAAACAUUGGUUGAAUUCAAAGCCUUGUCUGUAGUUGUGACCCCUGACGACUUUAGAAUUCGAGGACAUUUCAAGCGAAUACUUUCCUAUACUGAGACACAGUCGCCGACAAAAGUUCUUCCCUCAACUUUGGGAACAGUGAUACUGGCUAUGGAAACCUUUCUUCGGAAGCUGGCAACCUGCGAGUUCGUUCAACGAUUUUAUGGAGUUUCCGAAGAAACCGUAUAUCUUGAUGAAGACUUAUUUGAAGAAUUCAUUGAACUGAUGGAAGAGGAAAAUAGGAAAACUGUGUAUUCCAAAUGUUCAGACUAUACAAUGCUCCUGACUUGUGAACUAGGUUACAGGUUAGCUCUGAUUGGCCACACAUCCAUCCAUUCAAAAUCAGAAGCAACGCGGGAAUUUGAACAACUAAGAAAAGCACAAAACCUGUCCAUCUCGAUCACUUACGACAGGAAUGUCGCUGAUGAGAACUUGGAAGAGGGCGAUGUGCUCUUGUCGUCGUGGAAAGGGGGUGUAAUUCUAUUUCGAAAGAAGACGACAGAGGCUGCAGCUGCACGAAGAACCUUGGCGUCAGGUGUUGUUAACUGCAGUGCAAAGGUGCAGGAUGAAGAAACACGCAACAAAUUGAUGGACCUCGUGUGUUUGCACAUUAAAAGGACAGAGGAACAACUAAAGAACACACUGCGUCGUGCUGACUCUAAUUACCAGAUAUCAGCACUGGAAUCGUUCUGUAUAUAUUCACAAAAUGAAGAGAUGCAGCCGUAUUCUGUGGGGACUGAUGCAGUGUCUAGGCCACCGACACCGGAGAUUCUAGGCUUCAAAGAUAGCACAGUGCAACAGGAUCUUCAUUCACAAUAUACCGAUUCUCAUGCAUCAAAAUCCAGUAAUCGCAGGCUAAUGGCGAAAAUAGAAGAAGCACUGUAUGAAGAAUAUCCUCUUGAACAUUUUGAUCACACGGCACCUUCACAGAGCGCAAUGAAGGGCGAAGCAACGUGCAUAUCCUCUGCUCGACUUGACAGAGCAACAUUUAGUCAUUCAGAGGGAACAAUGCAUAACAUAAACACAGGCGAUUGGAGAGCAAGAAAAGGGAUCAAAGAUCAAACUCACCUGCAUAAAUGGCUGGAUAUGUCACAAUUACUGCUUGCCAAAACAAACUUAGAGACUUCUUCGCAUAUAUUAACAGAAGAUCAACCAACACAUUGGAGCGAUACAACCUAUCCAAACAGGAUCAGUCGUUCAGAUUCAAAAGGCACACAUCAAGUAAAACAAUCAUCCUCAAAGCAAAUCAGACGUAGUCGUUUGACUGAUUCACACAACACAAACACAAGUGAACAAAGGCCAAGUCCCUCUCACCAACACAGGAACCCUGUCAAUACUUCAUACAUCACUAAACAAGAUACACUAACAAGACACGAAAGCACAAACGCAAGUGAACAAAGGCCCAGUCCCUCUUGCCAACACGGGGACCCUGUCAAUACUUCAUACAUCACUAACCAAGAUACACUAACAAGACACGAAAGCACAAACGCAAGUGAACAAAGGCCCAGUCCCUCCUACCAACACGGGGACCCUGUCAAUACUUCAUACAUCACUAAACAAGAUACACCAACAAGACACGAAAGCACAAACGCAAGUGAACAAAUGCCCAGUCCCUCCUACCAACACGGGGACCCUGUCAAUACUUCAUACAUCACUAACCAAGAUACAUCAACAAGACACGAAAGCACAAACGCAAGUGAACAAAGGCCCAGUCCUUCCCACCAACACAGGGACCCUGCCAAUCCUUCAUACAUCACUAACCAAGAUACACCAACAAAACACGAAAGCACAAACGCAAGUGAACAAAGGCCCAGUCCCUCUUACCAACACAGGGACCCUGUCAAUACCUCAUACAUCACUAACCAAGAUACACCAACAAGAGGCAAAAGCACACACGCAAGUGAACAAAGGCCCAGUCCCUCCCACCAACACGGGGACCCUGUCAAUACUUCAUACAUCACUAACCAAGAUACACCAACAAGACACGAAAGCACAAACGCAAGUGAACAAAUGCCCAGUCCCUCUUACCAACACAGGGACCCUGUCAAUACUUCAUACAUCACUAACAAAGAUACACUAACAAGACACGAAAGCACAAACGCAAGUGAACAAAGGCCCGGUCUCUCCUACCAACACGGGGACCCUGUCAAUACUUCAUACAUCACUAACCAAGAAACACAAACUAGACACGAAAGCACAAACGCAAGUGAACAAAGGCCCAGUCCAUCCUACCAACACGGGGACCCUGUCAAUACUUCAUACAUCACUAACCAAGAAACACAAACUAGACACGAAAGCACAAACGCAAGUGAAAAAAUGCCCAGUCCCUCCUACCAACACAGGGACCCUGUCAAUACUUCAUACAUCACUAAACAAGAUACACCAACAAGACACGAAAGCACAAACGCAAGUGAACAAAUGCCCAGUCCCUCCUACCAACACGGGGACCCUGUCAAUACUUCAUACAUCACUAACCAAGAUACAUCAACAAGACACGAAAGCACAAACGCAAGUGAACAAAGGCCCAGUCCUUCCCACCAACACAGGGACCCUGCCAAUCCUUCAUACAUCACUAACCAAGAUACACCAACAAGACACGAAAGCACAAACGCAAGUGAACAAAGGCCCAGUCCCUCUUACCAACACAGGGACCCUGUCAAUACCUCAUACAUCACUAACCAAGAUACACCAACAAGAGGCAAAAGCACACACGCAAGUGAACAAAGGCCCAGUCCCUCCCACCAACACGGGGACCCUGUCAAUACUUCAUACAUCACUAACCAAGAUACACCAACAAGACACGAAAGCACAAACGCAAGUGAACAAAUGCCCAGUCCCUCCUACCAACACAGGGACCCUGUCAAUACUUCAUACAUCACUAACAAAGAUACACUAACAAGACACGAAAGCACAAACGCAAGUGAACAAAGGCCCGGUCUCUCCUACCAACACGGGGACCCUGUCAAUACUUCAUACAUCACUAACCAAGAAACACAAACUAGACACGAAAGCACAAACGCAAGUGAACAAAUGCCCAGUCCCUCCUACCAACACGGGGACCCUGUCAAUACUUCAUACAUCACUAACAAAGAUACACUAACAAGACACGAAAGCACAAACGCAAGUGAACAAAGGCCCGGUCUCUCCUACCAACACAGGGACCCUGUCAAUACUUCAUACAUCACUAACCAAGAUACACCAACAAGACACGAAAGCACAAACGCAAGUGAACAAAGGCCCAGUCCCUCUUACCAACACAGGGACCCUGUCAAUACCUCAUACAUCACUAACCAAGAUACACCAACAAGAGGCAAAAGCACACACACAAGUGAACAAAGGCCCAGUCCCUCCCACCAACACAGGGACCCUGUCAAUACUUCAUACAUCACUAACCAAGAUACACCAACAAGACACGAAAGCACAAACGCAAGUGAACAAAUGCCCAGUCCCUCUUACCAACACAGGGACCCUGUCAAUACUUCAUACAUCACUAACAAAGAUACACUAACAAGACACGAAAGCACAAACGCAAGUGAACAAAGGCCCGGUCUCUCCUACCAACACGGGGACCCUGUCAAUACUUCAUACAUCACUAACCAAGAUACACCAACAAGACACGAAAGCACAAACGCAAGUGAACAAAGGCCCAGUCCCUCUUACCAACACAGGGACCCUGUCAAUACCUCAUACAUCACUAACCAAGAUACACCAACAAGAGGCAAAAGCACACACGCAAGUGAACAAAGGCCCAGUCCCUCCCACCAACACGGGGAUCCUGUCAAUACUUCAUACAUCACUAACCAAGAUACACCAACAAAACACGAAAGCACAAACGCAAGUGAACAAAUGCCCAGUCCCUCUUACCAACACAGGGACCCUGUCAAUACUUCAUACAUCACUAACAAAGAUACACUAACAAGACACGAAAGCACAAACGCAAAAGUGAACAAAGGCCCGGUCUCUCCUACCAAAGACACGGGGACCCUGUCAAUACUUCAUACAUCACUAACCAAGAAACACAAACUAGACACGAAAGCACAAACGCAAGUGAACAAAUGCCCAGUCCCUCCUACCAACACGGGGACCCUGUCAAUACUUCAUACAUCACUAACCAAGAAACACAAACUAGACACGAAAGCACAAACGCAAGUGAAAAAAUGCCCAAUCCCUCUUACCAACACAGGGACCCUGUCAAUACUUCAUACAUCACUAACCAAGAUACACCAACAAGACACGAAAGCACACACGCAAGUGAACAAAGGCCCAGUCCCUCUUACCAACACGGGGACCCUGUCAAUACUUCAUACAUCACUAACCAAGAAACACAAACUAGACACGAAAGCACAAACGCAAGUGAUCAAAUGCCCAGUCCCUCCUACCAACACAGGGACCCUGUCAAUACUUCAUACAUCACUAACCAAGAUACACCAACAAGACACGAAAGCACAAACGCAAGUGAACAAAGGCCCAGUCCCUCCCACCAACACAGGGACCCUGCCAAUACUUCAUACAUCACUAACCAAGAUACACUAACAAGACACGAAAGCACAAACGCAAGUGAACAAAGGCCCAGUCCCUCCCACCAACACAGGGACCCUGCCAAUACUUCAUACAGCACUAACCAAGAAACACAAACUAGACACAAAAUUUUCCCGAAACACAACCGAAAUGCUGGCAAUAAACCACAAAUAAAACAAAAAAGAGGCCAAUCAUCCCGUGGGUUUGUGGAUGAAUCACACCUCACAAACCAAGGAGAACCAAAAGCUAUAGAAGACAGCACUGUGAAAAGUCCGAGAUUAGACGCCCUCAGUACCAUACCAAAAGGUAUUGUUAAAAGAGGGAGUAUAGCUUUUAAAUGACCUCACUACCUGUUGUCCAUAAUGGUCAUGUUGUGCAAAAGCCAACAGAAUUGGUUGACAGAGUUGCCUGUUAGAGUUCCACCUCAGUCUGGAUGGAUUGUCAUUUUUUUUAUAUCAUUGGUUUGACUGGCAAAGGGAUGUAUUUUUACAGGCUGUCGUAUUAUAACCCUGUCGACCUCAGACACACCAACUGACGAUUCUGCAUGGUCAUGACAUUGAUGUGGGGGAAACGUUCCAAUUUCCAAGUCACAUUGCAUUCCAGGCAUACACCAACAUAAACAUAAACUGUUGAUCUAUUGAAUGCCAUAUUUUACUCACUCACUUGUUUGUAAUACAACGAGGAAUAGAAUUAAAUUGAUAACAGUGAUAUGAGUUCUGGAGAAGAUAUGGUGUAUGUGAGGGAUCAAUCAUCCUAAGGUGAACAACUGCCAAUAUAGAACAAACGUUUCCUUAGGCAUCAAAGAUGUGCACGGCAGUUAGCUGGCAAAGCAGACAACCAACAGAAGUUUCAGAAAUUGCCAACCGGAAUGAUCCAAGUCCUUCUCAUUACAGUACCAAUGCUGAGACAUGCCAUGAUCAAAUAGGCAGAAAUAAGAAUUCAACUGAUAACCAGUGAAAUGAUUUCUGGACAAGAUAUGGUGUAUAUGAGGGUGAAUCGUGUAACAUUUUCGAACUGGAUGUCCAUUUCCUCGAGUGUUUCAGGUGAUAAGGACGAAUAUACAAGGAACAAAAUGGACAAAGCAAGACUGUGCUGUAUUAACGUUAAACAAGAAAGUAUAUACACACGAUUGUAUUAGCAACAGUACAAAACCAACAAUAACCACUUUUAGUUUGACCCGAUGAUCUGCAAGCAGCAGCGACAUAGUUGCAGCACGUAUAUCUGAGAAUGAAUAGAACGAAAAGAACAUUGUGCAUUGUGCAGUUCUGACCAUGUAGUAAGCAUGUGUUUAUGAACGUACUAUAUAAGCACCGGCUGUUUCCAGAAAACAAGAAACAGAAUAGUAAACAAAGGAUUCAUAAGGGAGAGACUUUAUGGAUGUCAACUUCCUUAUCACAAAGAUAACAAAGGUGUGGAUUAUGUCCGUAUGUGUGUCCCUUCUGUGUGACAUGUUUAUGCAUGGAACCUUCAUGUGGGACCAGAAAUAAGCCGUCUGGUUCAGUGUUUCCUCUCUAAGGUGUCACCAAGCGCAACAUGUUAACAUGCACAUUUGAACUUUAUCAUAGAAACAGAAGCCACAUUAAAGCUGCAACAACAUCAAGGUAAUCUGAGGGGACAUUUUGAUGCAGGAUGCAACUCGCCACACAAAUAUUCAAAAGACGUUACCAGACCACCAAGAGUACUUUUGCUAUUACAUAAACAGAACAUUUUAAGUUCGUGUAGUUAGUUCUAUAUGCCCAGAGAAUUGUUGUAUCAUUAUGAUGACCCGUGAAGAUCCAGGUUAGAAUUGGUCUUCAGCUACCCAUGCUUGUCGUAAGAGGCGACUAACGGGAUCGGUUGGUCAGGUUCGCUGACUU